AUGACCAUGCGUCGUCACCUUCCUCGGAAUGCGACCCAAUCACAGGGACCUCACACUCGACGAGCGAGUCGCACACGAGCAAAUGACGAAAACGCCAUGCCUUCACAGACAUUGAGGGCAAAGGCUUCCAUGUCGCAUCUCGGUCCAGCUCAAAAGUCAAACGCUCUCAAUGCGUCUUCUGCCCCACUGAAAAAGACAGCUGCGGCAACUACUGCCACCGGCGUCAAGGCUGGAGCCAAGCGGACUGCUUUGGGUGGAGUCGUUUCCAACGCUCAAAAGGAGGAUCAAGAGGACGAUGGCAAGAAGCCAGUCAAAGUAAAGGCUGAACCACGCGCUCCCCUCCAAUCCAGAACGAAUGACACCAACAUUGCUCAGACUCGACCUAUCGCCCCUGUUCCUCACCGGUCCAAACCCGUCACUGUCCUUGCCUCCAACUUCGAGGCCUCACGUAUCAAGUCUGAAGAUGAUGUCUCAGAGAUGGAUGUAGACAAUCGUCGCACUGAUGACUUGUCUACGGCGAUGCCUCUAGAGGUCAAGUUGGAUGCUGGAGAGAGUGAAGUCGAGGAUGUCUCCGAGGGCGAAGAGGAAGAUGAAGAGGAGGAAGACGAUGAAGAUUGGCUCAGAGCGACUGAUGAAGAGGUCAUUGCGGCUCAGGAGCAAUUGGCACUGGUGCGAAGCACGUUCAAGGACGAUAUCGACAUGUUCGACACCACUAUGGUGGCUGAAUACGCCGAUGAAAUCUUUGCACACAUGGAGAACCUGGAAGAACAGGUCUUGCCUAAUCCUCGGUACAUGGACUUUCAGACAGAGAUCGAGUGGACCAUGCGAACGACUUUGAUCGACUGGCUUCUCCAAGUCCACCUUCGAUACCACAUGCUCCCUGAGACUCUAUGGAUCGCGGUCAACCUCGUCGAUCGAUUCUUGUCCGUCAGAGUCGUCUCUCUUGUCAAGCUGCAGCUGGUCGGCGUCACGGCCAUGUUCAUUGCGGCAAAGUACGAGGAGAUCUUGGCGCCAAGCGUGGACGAGUUCGUCUACAUGACUGAGAAUGGCUACACGAAGGACGAGAUCCUAAAGGGUGAACGAAUCAUUCUCCAAACACUCGACUUCACCGUUUCUUCCUACUGCUCUCCUUACUCUUGGGUCCGACGCAUCUCCAAAGCAGACGACUACGAUAUUCAGACUCGGACGUUAUCGAAAUUUCUGAUGGAGGUCACUCUGUUGGACCACCGCUUCUUGAGAUGCAAACCCAGCAUGAUCGCUGCUAUUGGCAUGUAUCUUGCGAGAAAGAUGCUAGGCGGAGAUUGGAACGAGGCGUUCAUCUACUACUCCAACUUCACCGAAGCGCAGCUCAUUCCUGGAGCGGCCUUGCUUUGCGAAAGGCUGGUCGAGCCUGACUUUGAGUCGGUGUACGUGUACAAAAAGUACUCGAACAAAAAGUUCCUGCGCGCCUCAACCUUUGCACGAGAUUGGGCACAGAACAACACCACAGCAUUCUAG